AACCAAAGCUUUGAUGAGAGUGGACAAAAUUUUCAGGAACGACCGAAAAGGAACAAGCCGAAAGCCGUGCAAUAAUCACUUUUGAUGCGACAAAGAUGAGAAUAUUAUGUAUUUGGAGCUUAUUCUCGCCUCUGUUGAGUGGUGUCCGUCCCAUGGACCCAGAUGUACCUCCUGCGGUUGGUCAAGUCAUGUUUCAGCUCUUCCAUUUCAAAAAUACUUUAAUCGUUUGCAACAAUGGAACUCAAAGACUUCAAUGGAAGGAAUUGUUCAAACAAACCCGGAAAGGAAUUCCAACCCACUUGCCAGAUCCCAUGGCAGUACUCAAUAAUCUACAAUCAAGUUUGGUGAUAUGUGCUCAAGAGUACAACAGGACAAUGUUCCAGAACUUGUUCCAACGCAACAACUACUUUGAAAGUUCAGUCCAUUUCCCCAUGCUAUUCUUUGUGACUUCAAGUCUCAUAGAGUACAUUCAGAGCGAUGCGGAAAGCCUUAAGUUAAAUCUGAAUAAGGAGAUAUAUUUCCUGAAUGAUGCCAAUCAAAAUCUGGAAGAGAUUUAUACUCACAACGGACACACAGUUAGAACACGGAUACUCCAUAUGGUGCCUAAAGAUAGGGGCUACUUAUUAACGCAACAAUUCGACCCGUUUGUGAAACGGAGGCAGAAUUUUCAAGGCGUGGAACUUCGUGUUCUCUUCGAAGAUCAAAAUCCUUACAUCAUGUUCCAUAACUACACCAUUCCACCUGCUUUGCCAGGCCAGACGAUGUACUGUUUUGAUCGUUUCAACGCUUCAUACGGCAUGUUCAAAGAGAUUUUAAACGCAUUAGGAACGGAAUUGAACUUUACUUAUAAGGCUUGCAGAAGAUUUGAUGAGCAAUGGGGAACAUGGAUCAAUGGUACAACCACAGGCAUGAUCAACAGCUUACAAAAGAACGAAGCAGACCUCAUCGGUACCAGUGUCACUCUCAACCCUGAGAGGUAUCAUGUCGUAGACUAUCUUCAUCCAUUGGGAACAGAGACCUAUGCCAUCUACAUUGGCAAUCCCAAGAGCGAAUCGGCCGACUGGCGGUUAUACAGUGUUCCAUUUUCAUUUGAGCUCUGGGGAUUCUUGUUGAGUGCAGCGUUCGCAUUAGCACUAACCAUACACAUCAUGGAAUUUCUGUAUGUGUCACAUGACCAAGUGGAUUUGCCACAACCAGGCUCAUUUGAGGGCCUCAAAGAGGUGUUCCAAAUCGUUCCAAGUGCUUGGAUGGUCUUUGGAUCUUAUUUUGGUCGCAAGCCCCAAGAGACAAACUCGAUCAAGAAGUAUGCAGGGGUGAAGAUCAUGGUGUUCUCCAUCUUGCUCACUGGCAAUGUAGUCUUUAUGAGCUAUCGAGCCUCCAUCACGUCGGAAUUGUCGGUCUGGGAGUUGAGGCUGCCUUUUCGCAACCUCUGGGAGUUACUUCAAAGCAAUUUUAAAUUGAUGACCACAGAAGGUGGAAUCAUCCAGGCCUCGUUCAUCAAUGCCGAAGAAUCUAACAUUCUUUUCGAUGUCUACGAGUACAAUAUGAAGCCUUUAGGACCUGAGGCAUUUGUAAGAAAUACCAAAGAGGGCUUGAAAGCCAUCUUAGACGACAAGGAGAUGGCUUAUUUUUAUUCCAUGGAAUCCAUCAACGCCUUGAACGAGUACCAUUGCAAAACGAUCCCGGCUUGGAUCACAGACUACCCGGGAUUACUCUCUUAUGCCCUCCCCAAGAAGAGUCCCUACACCAAGUUCAUGUACUACAAGAUCCUCAAUUUGCUAGAACGAGGCAAACUAGCCAUCUUCAAGAAGCGUUGGAAGUCCAAUCUCCCCGAAUGCACACCCAAUCGAGUGGUCAGUUUGGGAUUCCAAAAGAUCUUCACCUCUUUCCUCCUGGUUGUCUUGGGAGCUAUCCUCGCGUUCCUCACGUUUCUAGUGGAGCUCAUGUGGGCUCCCAAACACCAUCGGAAAGAGGAAGAUCCAUGGACUCGUUCUCAGAGAGACGCUUUGAGACAACUGCAGUUGGUGAUUUUGAACAAAGACGAGCUGCUUCAUGACCGAGAUUACUUGCUCUAUGAAUUGGAGGAAGUUCUUAUCAAAUUGAAGACGACCAAAUUUCGUGAGCUCAUUUACGAGAAAUAACGAAGCAAGCCAUGGGACAUCGGUAUCACUUUCCUGGGUAUUUAAUUUCUCUAUUUGUAUGAUGUACAUUAGAUGAUUAAUUGAAAUACGUACUCUUAAUAAUUAUCAUGGUUACUUCUACAGCAACGUAAGUAUAAGAAGAUCAGUUAAGAAUCAAGGAGAGAACUCGUAUUUCCAC